AUGUCAAAUUCCAAACAAUUACCAUCAACUCAAUCUGCAGUUUAUAUAAAUGAAAUAGGAGAAUUUGAUAAAAUUAAAUUUGAUUCAUCAAUCCCGGUACCAAAAAUUGAAUCAUCAAAUGAUAUAAUUAUCAAGAAUUAUUAUGCUGGUAUAAAUUUUAUUGAAGCAUAUUUUAGAAAAGGAAUAUAUCCAAUUAAUAAAUUUCCUUAUGUGUUUGGUAGAGAAGCAAGUGGGGAAGUAGUUGCUGUUGGAAACGAAGUAUCAAAUUUAAAAAUUGGUGAUAAAAUUGCUUAUUUAUCUCCUGGUACUUUUGCUCAAUAUACAAAAAUUACAACUAAUGAUUAUAAAUAUAUUAAAUUACCUUCAAAUUCUACUGAUGAAGAUUUAAAAAUUUUUGGAUCUUUAUUUUUACAAGGUUUAACUGCAUUAACAUUUAUAAAUGAAGCUUAUAAAGUUAAACCAAAUGAUUAUGUGCUUGUAUGGGCAGCUGCAGGUGGUGUGGGUAAAAUAUUAACUCAAUUAAUUUCUCAGAUUGGUGCAAAUGUCAUUGCUAUUGCAUCAACUGAUGAAAAAUUAAAAUUAGCAAAAGAUUAUGGAGCAAAAUAUUUAAUUAAUUCAACCACCGAUAAUAUUGAAGAAAAAGUAAAAGAAAUAACAAAUGGAAAAGGAGUUGAUGCAACUUUUGAUUCUGUUGGAAAAGAUACUUUUGAAAUAUCAUUAAAUUCAUUAAAAAGAAAAGGUGCAUUUGUAAGUUAUGGAAAUUCAAGUGGUCCAGUAACUCCUUUCCCAUUAUCAAAAUUAACUCCUAAAAAUAUUAUAUUAUUAAGACCUUCAUUAAAUGGUUAUAUUGCAACACCAGAAGAAUGGGAACAUUACUCUCAAGAGCUUUUAAAAUUAUAUGAAUCUAAAAAAUUAAAAUUUGAUACUUUUAAAACUUAUGAUUUAAAGGAUUAUGUUGAUGCUACUAAAGAUUUAGAAGGUAGAAAAACUCAUGGGAAAUUAACUUUAAAAAUUCCUCAAUAG